AUGGUUGAUAUCUUUACGGACGUCAUACAGAACAAGGGCGGUAACAGGGCCAUCAGCGUCAACCCACCUCACGACCUAGAUUUCCACAUCACUAAGCGUGGUUCUGAUUGGUUAUGGGCUGUGUUCGCAUGCUUCGGUCUGUUGAUGGUCGUUUACAUCUUUUUAUUCUUCAUUGCUGAAUUGAAGGGUUCCCGUAUCACCCGUUACGCUAUCGCUCCUGCCUUCUUAAUCGCCAUGUUCGAGUUUUUCGGCUACUUCACAUACGCUUCUAAUUUGGGUUGGACUGGUGUACAAGCAGAAUUCAACCACGUUACUGUCGACACUCCAGUCACUGGUUUGGUACCAGGUGUGAGACAGAUAUUCUACUCCAAAUUCUGUGCUUGGUUCCUAUCAUGGCCAUGUCUAUUGUUCUUGAUUGAACUGGCCGGUAUCGGUACUACUUUGAACCCAGGUGAGGAGAUCUCUGCUUUGGAUUUGAUCCACUCCCUAUUGGUUCAAAUGACUGGUACUUUGUACUGGGUCGUCGCUUUGCUGGUUGGUGCUUUGAUCCACUCUACUUACAAAUGGGGUUACUUCACCUUUGGUGCUGCCGCCAUGCUUGUCGUGCAAGGUAUCCAAGUCAGAAGACAAUUCUUUGUCUUGAAGACUAGAGGUUUCACUGCUUGUCUAUUGAUCUUGUCCAUGUUGAUCGUUUGGGCUUACUUCAUCUGUUGGGGUGUGUCUGAAGGUGGUAACAAGAUUCAACCAGACUCCGAAGCUAUCUUUUACGGUAUCUUGGACUUGUGUAUCUUUGGUAUCUUGCCAGCUUACCUAGUUUUCAUUACGAACCACUACGGUCUAUGGCCAAGCUUUAAGCUAACCAAAUCUGGGGAACAAGAAAUGUACCCAGAAAAGGUUGAAGACCCUGAAUCUGUGAGAGCUUCUGGUGAAACUGCUAUCUGA